GAGAAAUCAGAUCCAGCUCCAAAGGUACGGACGGCCUUCAAACUCUCUAAUUUUCCCAAAAAAACCUAGAAAAAUCCAUCUCUUUUUGUUCCUUCUACCGGCAUCUGCGUGAUUGUCUUCUAAUCUACAGCUCAUUUUGGAGGAAAUCACUGGCCUGACGACGAAAAAUGCGAGCGGUUUGGCUGCCAACAUCUCCUCGGGCGAUUGCGUGUACUUGGCAGGGUGCGUCGUGGUGGUCUACAACAUCGAAUCUGGCGCUCAGAAGCACCUCUUGGUGUCUUCGCGGAUGCCAAAGCCCUUGAGCUGCGUGUCUGUCUUGCGUCGAGAUGGUGGCGGCUGCAUCGCAGCUGGAGAGUCGGGGCCUCAACCAGCAGUUUUAAUUUGGGACUAUUCAACUCAAACUUUUCUCGCUGAAUUGAAGGGUCAUCGAUAUGGGGUGGCAUGUAUUGACUUUUCACCUGAUGGAAAGCAUUUGGUGUCUAUUGGAUUUCCUAAUGAUGGGUACCUCUGUCUCUGGGACUGGCAAAGUGGAAGGCUGGUAACCAAGCUUAAAGCAAGUACAUCUUGCUCUGCAAUUUCAUCUGUUUGCUUCUCAUCAGAUGGAAGCUCUUUUGUAACUGCUGGGAAAAAGCACUUGAAGCUCUGGACAUUGGGGUUAUCUACAAAGCCUCGCUCACACGCAGGAGCUGGGUUGGUGACAAUUAAUGGAAAGCCUGCUAAUAUUGGUAAUUAGAAGGGCAGUUCUUUUACAUCUGUUACGUCUGCCGCCUGGAUGCCUGGCGGUGUUGGUAGCAAUCGGGCUGUAGACCUUUAUCCUAUAUAUGCAUUGACAGAUGCAGGUGUUUUAUGUCUUCUUCAUUCUGGGUUUUCUAUAAGAAAAUGGGUAGAUCUGAAGGUAAAUUCUUGAUAUUCUAAAUUACUUGCUUGUUCAAUUCAGCUUGUCAUUGUUUUCAUGAUGUUGAGAACUUAAUUUUCAGGUUGAGAGAGGUUUUCACUCUCUGUAUCCAACAAGCUUAUUGCUUGUGCAUGCAACAAUGGGAUUGUGCAACUCUUCAUGGUUGAAACUCUCAAGCACAUAGGAAACUUACUAUAUUCUGAACCGACGGAGAACGAUCCAAUGACAAUUCUCUCCUGUCAAACAAAAUCAUCAGUGAAUGGUAUUCAACAUGUUUCCACUCUCCCAGAUGCAAUAGCUUGUCAAUUUUCAACCUUUGAAAAGCUUGUGGUUGUUUAUGGAGAUCACAGUCUCUACGUAUGGGAUGUGCGUGAUGUAACUAAGGUUAGCAGGUGUUGUGUACUUGUUUCACGUAGCUCAUGCAUAUGGGAUGUUAAUAAUAUUCCCUGCAAAAAUUUGCAUGAUUCUGCUCUUGGAUGUGUUGCUAGAGAAAGUUGUCGUGCAGUUUCUUUUGCAACAUGCUCUGCAGAUGGCCCUAUCAGGCUAUGGGAUCUAGCUUUACAGUCUGAUUCAGAGACGAAGAAUGCUGGACCUGAAAUCACCAUGAAUCAACAACCUAGUUGUUCUCCAAACACUGACCAAGUGGGCACCAUAGGUAUAGUGAGUGCUGGUGUCUUUGAUCAAGAUACUGCAGAGUCAGGGGUAGGUGCUCCAGGUUUUCGUUCGAUGGCAGUUAGUUCCGAUGGAAAAUACCUGGCUGCAGGUGAUUGCCAUGGAAACCUCCAUGUUUAUAAUCUGUAUACUUCUGACUACACAUGCUUUCAGGUAAUUUGUAGGAAAAUUGGAGAUCCUGAAAUUCAUCAAUUUAAUGUCUGGCUGGCUUAUUCAGAAGCUGUUGGUGGUAGUUUUCCAUCUUUAACGUGGACGGGCAUUGGCGCACCAUCCAUACUGUUUAUCUUGAUCUACUGGAUUCCCCUGAAGUGCGAGAUGUCAAGGACAUCAAGUUGCCAAUUUCCAUCCCUAGAAGACCCACUCCUGGAUGGACCAGGCUGUGGUGAGGGGAGAGAAACCACGUUAGGUGAUCUUCCUGCCACAGACCAUAUCUUGCUGCGACCACAUUGUGGGCUUGGUGGUGAGGCAAUAAAUGAAGAGAAGGGAUGUAUAUCAACUGCAGGUCAAGGUUCAGGUGAACAGUUAUGCUCAGAGGCAAGUGAAAUCCCAGUGCAGACAACUAAGGAUGAUGAAAGCAAUGGCCGACAACAUGAAGAUGAUGAUCUCUUCAGCCAACACUUCAGCAAUUUAUCAACACUAUUGAAGGUGGGAACUUUAUCAUUUGUGUUUCUUGUUGAUAUAGAUGGGAAGGCUAAUAUAUUGACGGACCACUGUAAUUUUUGA